AUGAUGUAUGUGAAAUGGGAGAGUGCAUAAAAUCUAUCUUAAAAUCUAUGUUAUGUUUUGCUGUAAAUCGUUAUGGCACGGCUCAGAAAAAACUCCAGAGCGGAGUAACGAGCGAGUCGUUAUUUAGAAGUACAUGUUUCUACAUCCCACGCACUGUAACUCUCCUCUCUCUCCCUGAGCUUUAAGCGUACUGUCGGGCAAAACCUCACACACCGCGCACACACACAUACACACGUACACAAUCCUCUGCCUCAUGUUGUGUACAGUACUUCACUUAAACUGGUAUGAAAAUGACAUACAAAAAAUAUUACGUUGUUGUAUUGUCGAUUUUCUCUCAGUUUGAGUCAAGAGUCAAUAACAGGAUACGUACCCUUUGUGUGGGUCUCUCGUUACCCCUGACAGGUCUUGGUACUGUAGUCCACCCACAGUGACUGCUAGGGGCACUAUCACACAUUUGUUUGCCUAUGAAAUAUAUGAAGUUCAUUAUGUUUAGGGCAGCAAGAGGUAGGGAGUCAUUAGUGCCAAACACCAUUUGCACACAAAAAAGAGAGAAAAUAAAAUACUGGAAAGUGGUGCAGUUUGUAAGCUAAUAGGGUUCAGGUGCUGUCAAGGAUGCAGUCUCACUCUGCACGCGAUGGUCAUUAACUAGACGGCCAUACAAGAGCAAGAACAGAUAGAGGAGGCUGGGCUUCCCCCUCUCUCUCUCUCUCUCUCUCUCUCUCUCUCUCUCUCUCUCUCCUCCUCUCUCUCUCUCUCCUCCUACCCUCUCGUCCUCGCUCUUCUCUCGUCCCUUCUUCGAUAUAUAUAGAUAAUCUCACAUCUCGCCUAUCGUCUCUCUCAUCUCCACUUUCUCUACUCCGCGUCUAUCAGUCUUAGCGAUCUCCGCCAUCUCCCGAGCUUCCCGACUACGACUCUCCGUCACGCGCCACGUCUCCGGUCUCUUCUAUUUCUGCUUGGGUUAAAACCAUACUCUAGUUCUCCUCUAUCCAGCUUCUCUCUCCUCUCUCCCUCGCCUUCUCCUCUCCUCUCUUUCCCCUCCCCUCGCUCUCUCUCUCCUCCCUCCCUCGCUCUCUCUCUCCUCCCUCCCUCGCUCUCUCCUCUAGUGUAAAGGGUAUGAAUCAUGGCUCCAUGGCUCUGUCUGGGAAACAUCAGCCGUUAAAAGGGGGAUGAGCUAGUCACACGGCAGUCGGUGUGUGUUCCUAUACUAUACACCAGAGGUGGAGGGAGGGAGGGAGGUAGAGGCGUGGUAAAGAGGGAGGUAAUAAUAAUAAUAAUAAUAUGCCAUUUAGCAGACGCUUUUAUCCAAAGCGACUUACAGUCAUGCGUGCAUACAUUUUUUUAGUGUAUGGGUGGUCCCGGGGAUCGAACCCACUACCUUGGCGUUAUAAGCGCCGUAGAGAGGUACAGUACAGUACAACACAGCUGAACUGCACUAUAGGUGGCUUGUAUGGGGAUCUACAUGUAUGUGUGCAAGUAGACUUUUUGGGGUUGAACAUUUCCUCUUUGGUGUGACAGGAAGCCGUUUAUCCUGGGUGUCAUAUUAUUGUACCUGUACUGUAGCAGUCCAAGAGAGGCCCUGCUCUGCAGUGAUUAGCUGUGCAUGCUUUCACAGACACUUCUGUAUACUGGUUGAACAUCUGCAAGCGUAUUAUAUAUUUCAUACACACAGCCUUUUACCCUUUACAUUAUUUAUUUAUUUUUUGUAAAUUUUUUAGUCAUUUAGCAGACGCUCUUAUCCAGAGCGACUUACAGUUAGUGAGUACAUAAUGAUUUUUUUUUUACAGCCUUUUGCCCUUUAACCUUUUGGCAGGUAGCUCGGACCUGGUCAUUCACACGCAUACACACGCACGCACACACACACAUACACACACACACACACACAAACUACUGUCGCCUAAGCACAUCAUCAACAAAGCAUCCAGAAUCGAUCAAGCCGUCCUUCCACCGCCUGAUGACAUUACAGUGAGACAACCAGGGCCAAAUAGAGAGAGUUCGUAUGGGUUCCAAAUGGCACCCAAUUCCUUAUAUAUAAUGUACUACUUUUGACCAGAGCUCCAUGGGCCCUGGUCAAAAGUAGUGCACUUUAUAGGGAAUAGGGUGCCAUUUGGAACCCAUACGAACUCUCUCUCUUUGGCCCUGGAGUGUUGUCUCACUGUAAUGUGAUUAUUCUGGACGCCUUGUUGAUGAUGUACACUACAUAUCCCAUUACUGUCACACUGGGAUGAUAUAUAUAUAUAUAGACCGUGCUCAUCCAUUAGGUGCCCAGACCAUCCCUGGCUCCCUGGUGGUGGGUGGGUAGAUUGAAUUCACCUUGAAAUUAGAGACCUUUUAUGGUUCUGUUUGGUCCUACAGGAGACUGACUGGUGGGUUGACCUUCUAAUGCUAAAAUAAUGAUGAGACUAGACUGCUGCCCUCCGCCAAGUGUGGACAGCUGUGGUCGGCGGACCGGCUGUCUGCCCUGGGGUGUUUUGGUGGGGGUGGGGGGUGUGUGUGUGUGUGUGUGUCUGUUUUACACUCGACUCUCUCUUCGUCACUAGGUUGAGUAGCGAUGACUUGAACGUGAGAGUGCCAACUUGAAGGGAUAUGUUGGCAUUCCACUAGUAUUGGAAACAUUCAAAAGAGAAUAUAAAUGGAAUAUUUUGUUUUGAAGUAAAUGAAGAGAAAUGAUGACAUGCGUAUCAUCAAACGAAGUGCCAUAGCAAAGUACAUAGAUGGUGUAUGAUGGUCAGUGACAGGCAAUCAUUAGGAAAGAGCAACUGGAGCUAGAUGACUCCAAAGCCUCUAAUCAUAGGCUACUCUCCAUAAUAUUCACUGGCAGCAGUAGGAAUGUCAUUUGAAUGGUAAUUCAGUCCUGAUCGAUUGAGUUCUGCGGGCCGGGCAGAGUUCUGCUGUACAGUCCUAUGCUGACCAAACCACUUCAGACCAUUCUCAUUUCUAGACUCUGUGACUCCCGUCCAUUUCCAGCUCUCUGGGCUACAGUCAGCCAGUCAGUCAGGAGAGAAUAGAGGAAUGUGGUAUUGCUGUUGCUGCUAUCUGACCAGCCAAGUGGCAAUUUUGCGGCCUUGUCUGUUUUCCUCGUUUGGCCUCCCCUCUGCGGAGGCCUGUGUGUGUGUGUGUUAUGUGUGUGUGUGGCCGUGCAUGUGUGUGUGGACUGGGCUGAGCCAGCCCUCCAGUCAUUCCUUUGCUGUGUAGUCAGAGCUUCACGUCAGUGUCGAGGUUAACCCCACAGACCGAGGGACCAGGCCGCAGAUGUUCUGAUAGGGAAGUCGAAGCACGUUGAUUGGUUAAACCCUGUGAACUGUUCCAAGGGUUUGGUUUGGUCUCUGUGCUCCAGUAACAGCAGCAGGAUACGGAGCAGCCAGACACAGCUAGUCCUUCCAGGGCUGGCUCCCUUUACGUGGGACAGGCAACUGCUAUACUGGAGUUCUGGGCCCGUAUUCAUAAAGUGUCUCAGAGUAGGAGAGCUUUUAUAGGAUCCGGUCCUCCCUGUCCAUAUAAUCGUAUUCAUUAUGAUCUAAAAGCAGCAGGUAGCUUAGUGGUUAAGAGCGUUGUGCCAGUAACCGAAAGGUCGCUGGUUCUAAUCCCUGAGCCGACUAGGUGAAAAAUCUGUAGAUGUGCCCUUGAGCAAGGCACUUAACCCUAAUUGCUCCUGUAAGUCACUCUGGAUAAGAGCGUCUGCUAAAUAACAAAAAAUAAAUAAAUUUAAAAUAAAUAAAAGGCAACAUUUAUCCAAAUCAGCACUCUGACGCUGAGACUCUGUGAAUAUGAACCCUGGCCCAUAUUCUCUCUAGUUGGUUCGCUGAAUUAAACAUCGGUCUCCCUGGUCCACUGUUCACAUGCAUGUAUAUAAUGCAUAUGCCAUUUAGCAGAAAUGUUUAUCCAUCCAAAGUGACUUAGUCAUGCAUGCAUACAUACAUUUUACGUACAGUGCUCCCAGGAAUCAAAACACUAUUCUGGCAUUGCAAGCGCCAUGCUCUACUAACUGAGCUAUAGGACCACAGUCAUGACCCAGUGAUGAGCCCUUGUUGUCAGCCCAAAUAGAAACACUGUCUUCUCUUCCUCCCGUAGUCAUUAUAAGAACAAACAUGGGAAAGUAACCAUACCGCAUAGCCACAUAGUGUACAUGUCUGCCAAACCCUGAAACUGUGCUCUCUCUCUUCCUCUCGUCCCUCUCUCUCUCUCUAUCUCUCUCUCUCUCUCCAUCCUAACCCUGAUGUAUGCUACGUAGUUAAGUACUCUGCAAUUUACUGGGCCAUAUCGAUAGGCCGUCGUCCUUUUAAGUGGUUUGCCUUUGGCUUUGCAUUUCCCCCAAAAUUAUCUCCCAACAUCUGUGUCCUGUGGGAAAGGUAUUUUGGGUUUUUGUUGCUGGAAAGAAACACUGUUGUUUUUGUUCUUCUCUCUCUCUCUCUCUCUCUCUCUCUCUCUCUCUCUCCUCUCUCUCCUCUCUCUCUCCUCUCUCUCUCUCUCUCUCUCUCUCUCUCUCUCUCUCUCUCUCUCUCCCUCUCGAUUUCUCUCUCUCCCUCUCUUUAUCUUUAUUUUUCUUCUUGUGAUACAGAGGGCUUGAUAACGGCUGAGGAUCCAGAAAUAGCAUUAGCUGCUGCCUGUAGCUCACAACACACACAGGAAAUGACUGGGCGCCCCACCCAGCCUGCAGCCGACCGUACCUCAGGGGCAGAGCUUGCUCCAGGCUAGCCUAUACAGCAACCAUACACUCCAGCUAGCGCCAAUGUAGGAUAUAGCAGUCAGCCACAUGCUCUCAGGCCAUACCUCAGAGCCAGGGUUAGCUCUGUACUAUAGCCUAAUGUUUGCCUGGCUACCCAUACUCCUUACACGCCCACAGACAUUAGUUUCUUCUCCGCGUUGAGUCUGGAUCUGAGUACCUUCCCGAUUCCUUCACCGAAUGCGAACACAUUCAGGGCCGUGUGAUUGGUCCAGAAACCGAUGGCUUAGGCUAGAGCCAGAACACACGUGGGUAAAGCGGUGGUUUGAAAAUUAGUAAUUGGCUUUGAUACUCUGAUUGGUUUGAGACGAUCCAAUCGCUGUUGACUUUGUUUUGUACAACACCCCUCGCGCCCCUCGUCGCCACGAACUACUAAAGUAUGUAGCGAACGACAGAGCAGCAUAAGAAUUUAGUGUGAAUUGUCAGGCUAGCCUAAUGUAGCCUACAGCAGCCACUCGCUCUAGCUAGCUCUGGGCUAGCCAAUGUACAGCAGCCACACACUCACAUUCCAAUUGGGAAAUGUCUAACUUAUAGCAAGGUACUAUGAGCGUCACUUAUCUCUGUGAUUGGAGGAAUUUGUGUUGGUGAAGCAGCCCCCAUCAAGCCUUCUGACAGGACCAACCAGCCCUCCAGACCCAGUCCAAGCUGUAGUUCAGGCUGAACAACAUGCUUUAUUGAUUUAAGAUCUGUGGUGAAGGAAGAGAAAGCCCCUGGCUCGUUCGGCCCUCAUCAGAAGUGGCUGAGCACAGUGGGUGUGUUGUGUCGAGCCGGGUAUGAGGGCCGAGGGGAGGCUGAGAGUGGGAACAAGGAGGCUCUUGUUCUGGUCUGGAGCUACAGACGGGAAAGGGGAAGGGGAGAGAGGGGAAGGACUAGAGCCCUAGGGUUCAGUCUGGACUGCAGUCUGGAGUAUGAUGGAGUCAGUCACAGCCUAUGUCCAGACAGUCACAAUCCAGAGCCCAGAGAAAGACGGUGAGAGUAGACUCUCGCCAGUGUGUCCGGCUCCAGUAUGUACGGCUAUUUGUCACUGUCUGUCUCCUCGAUUUGUUUGUCUCCUUCUCUCUCACUCUGUCUUUGUCUGUCUGUCUGCCUCUCUCUCUCAAUUCAAUUUCAAUUUCAAUUUAAGGGCUUUAUUGGCAUGGGAAACGUGUGUUAACAUUGCCAAAGCAAGUGAAGUAGAUAGUAAACAAAAGUGAAAUAAACAAUAAAUAUUAACAGUAAACAUUACACUCAGAAGUUUCAAAAGAAUAAAGACAUUUCAAAUGUCAUAUUAUGUAUAUAUACAGUGUUGUAACAAUGUGCAAAUAGUUAAAGUACAAAUGGGAAAAUAAAUAAACAUAAAUAUGGGUUGUAUUUACAAUGGUGUUUGUUCUUCAACUGGGUUGCUCCCUUUUCUUGUGGGCAAAAAGGUCACAAAUCUUGGCAGGCUGUCUCUCUCCUCAUCUCUCUCUCUCAUAUAUAUAGGAAUCUCUACUCAUAUAUCGCUCUAUUCUCUAGCUUACUCUAUCUGCCUCUCUCUCUCGUUUCUCUAUAUAGCUAUCUCUCUAUCUCUCUCGCUCUUCUCUCUCGCUCUAUUUCUCUCUCUCUCUUCUGCCUCUCUCUCUGCUCUUCUCUCUCCUCUCUCUUCUCUGCUUCUAUCUCUCUCUUAUAGUUGCUCUCGCUCUCUCUCUCUUUCUCUAUCUGCUUCUCUCUCUAUCCUCUCUCUCUCUCUCUUCUCUCUCUCUCUCUCUCUCUCUCUCUCUCUCUCUCUCUCUCUCUCUCUCUCUCUCUCUCUCUCUCUCUCUCUCUCUCUCUCUCUCUCUUUCGAUUCUGACCUAAUUUAAGAAGUCCACCUUUGAGAUAUUAGACUAAUGGACAGAAAUAGUCGCCGCUCAUCCGACAAUUCUGAAAACAAUUGGCUUUGUCUGCUGCUCUGCUUUUAGUGGACGCAAACAUAGAUUAGAGGCCUGGCUGUGGACAUCUGGAGUAUGUCUCAAGUCUCCAGUUGAAGCAUAUGAUGUACACACCCGCACUUAGUCCCCUAUAAGCCUUGCUCUCUGUCAGGGCUUCUCCUGGGGAUGAAAACAAAUGAACAAGGGAAGGAGAAAAUGGAGUUAGACAAAUGGGGAGGUAGAUCUUAUAAUCCCAUCUAUUAAGUCUGGAGUCAAAGUUAAGUCCCAAAUGAGCCCAAAGCCAAUCCUGGCUGACACACAGACACAUGCAAGCAAGCACAUGCACACACACAAAGACACACACACCAUAUGUUCUACUAUCCUUGUGGGGACCUACAAUUGAUUUCUAAACCCUAACCCUAACCUUAACUCCAACUUUAAAUCCUAACCCCUAACCCUAACCCUAAUUCUAACCCAUAUCCUAAUUGUAACCCUAAACCAAACCCCUAAGCUUAAAAAGCCUUUUUCCUCGUGGGGACUAUCCUUUACUAUCCUUGUGAUGACUUUUGGGGAUUUCCGGUACCGACGAGGAUAGUAAUACAAGUCCAGACACACACACACACACACAUACAAACACACACACACACACACACAUACACACCACACACAGCAACAACAGCAGGGGUUGGAGAGAAUGAAGGAGAGCUGCCUUAGGGGCUGGAGUUUAGUCUGUUGGCUUGGAAGAAGAAGAAAAAAGAAGAAGAAGAUUGUUACAGAGUUACAGACGUUAGCAGAGAGCAUGUCAACAAAAUCUUUGAGAAGUGAGUUCCAUGCUGCGUUCUCCCACUGUCCGCCGCAUAUUGCUUUCAGGUUUGUGUGCCGGUGUGAAGUUAUGUUUCUCUUUCUGUUCUGUUUUGCAGCGACCAUGAAGAAAGGCAGUCCAGGGUGGGGGGUGGAGAGAGCGCUGGGGUACGGAGGGAAUGGACAGCUCACUCUAGCGAAGACCACAACCACCACAACCUCUGUGGAUGGGGUCAAGUUCUCCGAGGGAAACCUUCUGCUCCAGGUAUACAGUGUGUGUACUGUCUGUCUGUCUGCCUGUCUGUCUGUCUCUCCCCGCCAGCCCGAGGCCUCUUUCUCCCUCUGGGGUUUACCUGAGGAAGUUUAGCUGACGUGAGGGGCAAGCACCAACCUGUCCCCCAGCUCACACACACUAUAUGAUGCCUCUCAUACCCAUCUACAUGUAAACAAAACAACCUCACUCCUUCCCCUCCAGUUAUACGAAAAGCAAUUUGUUUUACGUCGUGACAUGACCGAAGCUCCUCCACCUCACCGAGAGUGGGAUUAGGGAUUACUGUCUCACGUCAUCAGCCUAUAUAUCAUGCAUACUGUAUGCCAUAGAUAUAGAACCCCUGUAUACAGUCUCGAACAAAUAUGCUCGAUUAUAAACACUUUGAUAUUUCAACAACCUCCAUAUAACCUCUCAUAUAUGUAUGUUCAAUGCCACCAAAGGAGACAAAAAUAAGUGCAUUCAACCACUUGUGUAUGUACACAAAUGGAGUCAUCCUCUUGGAGUAAACACCCAGAUUCCCUCCCCUCCUGACUAAAUCCUGAGUUUGACGCUCUCAUUUCAUUACCCAUGGGCAAUGCCUCUGACAGUGCUGUCCCAUUUCUCAGUGGGGGCUAAUGCUAGUAGUGUUAGCGUGCUGUCCCAUUUCUCAGUGAGGGCUAUGCUAGUCCUCAUUAGCAUUAGCUUUAGUGCUAAAGAUAACCAUCGCCAUCUCCAGGGAGGUCUCACCACUGACCACACACAGCCCUAUUCUCUCCAGUAGGGACUGGUCUAAUGGAGGAUGGCGCUAGACUGAUUUAUGACUGAUUCUCAGCGUUGAUAGUUUGGUAAUGCUGGGAAGUUUGUAGUUUUGUCUUGACUGUCUUCCUCAGUCUCUGUCCUGGUGACUGCAGUAAUUCCCCACAGGGAACAAACGCAGCUCUUAUGAGACACAAUUGUGUGUGUGUGUGUGUUUUUUUUUUGUGUGUGUAGGCCUAGACACCAGACAAAGACUCAUGGGGGCAGUUGUUUCACUGUGUUUCACUAUGUGGUUGAUUCACCAUGCAAAAAACUUGUUCAGUGCAAUCUGGGAGCAUAUAUCAUGAAGAUGUUACAAACUACAUUAUCGUCUUGUUGUCCUGUAGUCUUUCUCAGGAAAUAAUUAGAGUAGGUCUGUUAGAAUCACUAACUAUUACCCUCAAACACACACACAGUGGUGUAAAGUACUCAUUUUGAAUGCUUAGCAGGAUAGGAAAAUGGUCCAAUUCACACACUUAUCAAGAGAACAUCCCUGGUCAUCCCUACUGUCUCUGAUCUGGUGGACUCACUGAACACAAAUGCUUCAUUUGUAAAUGAUGUCUGAGUGUUGGAAUGUGCCCAUGGCUAUCUGUAUUUGUUGAAAUAAAAUGUAUGUAUUGUGCCGUCUGGUUUGUUUAAUAUAAGCAAUUUGAAAUGACUUAGACUUUUACUUGUGAUACUUAAGUAUAUUUUUGCAAUUACAUGUACUUUUGAUACUUAAGUAUAUUUAAAACCAAAUACUUUUAGACUUUUACUCAAGUAGUUGUUUACUGGUUGACUUUCACUUUUACUUGAGUCAUUUUCUAUUAAGGUAUCUUUACUUUUACUCAACUUUGACAAUUGGGUACUUUUUCCACCACUGCGCAGACACACCAAUACUUUUGCAUGUAUUCCUAAACCUGGUAGCUAAUGUCUGUGUGUUAAAUGCUGAAAAUUUGCAGCAGCUUCCAGUAAAUCCAGAUAUAACAAAGGCCCUUUAUUGUGAAACCAAAAUGCAGGACCUCUCGUCACUAGUCUAUCUCUCUCUCUCUGUGUUGUUCUAUCGCUAUCUGUGUCUCUCUCUCUAUCUCUCUAUCUGUUGUCUCUCUCUCUUCUCUCUCUCUCUCUCUCUGUGUGUUGUUCUCUCUCUCUCUCUCUCUCUCUCUCUCUCUCUCUCUCUCUCUCUCUCUCUCUCUCUCUCUCUCUCUCUCUCACACACACACACACUCACACUCUCUGGUGGUCUAUUGUUUACAGGGUCCAGGAUCCUGUGCGUGACAAGAAGCUAUAUUCCCCACCGCUCCGUUCUAUUGUCACGUUUAACACCUGAACAAAGGCAUGGCUAAUUACAUGGGAUGUUUACCCAAACCUGAACACACACACAUACAUACACACACACACACACACGCACACACACACACCAUGGCUACUUCUCCCUCCUUCAACUGUAUGCACAGCCGACCAGAUUUCCCCCUCUAAUUUAUAAUUUGAAUCCUUUAUUGCCCCUUAUCAUUCACUACGUCAUGGAAUUAAUAAUUAUUUAUUUCAGUUUAAGUCUAUUUGCCCAUCUUUAUGUUGAAUAACUAAGUGUGUCUUGUUUGACGUAUGAAGUAUGAACAUAUGUUAAGUUCAUAAUAAUAUAAUACUAUUAAGUUCAUAAAUAGCAAGUUCAUAGUGUGCAUUUUUGUCUGACUGUGCCUCUCUGUGUCUCUAGGCCCUGAAUGGCUUUGUGCUGGUGGUCACGGCGGAGGGAUACGUGUUCUACUCCUCUCCUACUGUUCAGGACUACCUAGGCUUCCACCAGGUGAAAUAGGGCCUUUUGACACACACUGACUGACACACAGACAGUGUACCCACAUUAUGCAUAUACUGUUUAUAAAUGUGUUAUGAACGGGUUAUUCAGGUGUUAUGAAGACCCUAUGUAGGUACCGUUCAAGUCACCUCAUUGCAGCCGUAUCACAUAGCUAGCUGAUGGCAUCCUACAUGUUAGCUUAUAGCAGCUCAUAUCAACUACCUAGCUAACUACGCCAUCAUAUGUACACUAAAGAGAAAUGUCAAUAUUGACACAGCUGAAUAAUUUGCUGGCCAGCUGACCUUGUUGGACAUUCUAAUGUGACCCCUGAACUUUAACAGUAAUCUGUCAAAAAGCCUAGUAUCCCCAUAGCAUAUCAGUCAUAACUGAGGAAGCAAGGCUAUAAUCGGAAGCAGAAGUGCGUAGAGUUGAGAGUCAUAUGCCCUUGGCUUUCCUUUAUACAGACCACAUUUAAAUGGAUGUGUUUAUAAGUCAGAAGUUCAUCGGCAAACAAACUCCAAACUCUCGUUCCGUGCACACACACAUCAUUCCCAGAGAGAGACCUUGACUGAGGCCAAGAGUUUUAGGAAGCCUAAGGGAGAUAGAGGAAAGAGAGAGAGCAUCUAAACUUGUCUCACACAGCUCUCUCAGUCAGAACUACGUUCCCUGCAUUUCUUCAUUGCGGAGCGAUUAAUGGAUCGAAGGGAAGAGGAAAACACAUGAGUCAUGUGUUCUGGGAAUAAUACAGUGUAGCGUGACUGCCGCUUGGUAUAUUGGUCCCAGAAGCACUGCUUGCCCUCUGUGCAAGACGAUGCAUGAACCCGGGUCAUUGGCCCAUAAACACACUUACAGUACACACACAUAUACACUCUCACAGCCAGGGGUGAACGUAUGGCGUCCCGGCAAAAUUCUAUGAUUCGGCCCAUAAGCGUGUGCACACAUAGGAGGUGUCGUACUGGGAAGAAAUUACAUCUACGUUCACCCCUGCUUACAGUACAUACUCACUCAUACACACACACAGUGCAUGGCUGGGUCACUAGCCUAAAGACAGACGUUACACUGCAGGAGAGAGGCUCUAAUGAAUAUGUUGAUGACUCAUGCCCCAAACACCAAUGCACGCACACACGUACGCACACACGCACCCACAGAGAGUCCUCUUGGAAUAUGGGGGUUGUUUGUGCCUCUGCACCUGGUGAGAUUUGCUCUUUAACGAGAGAUGCAGAACCCAUCCCACUCUUUUCCUCUUCCCACAAAACACUGAAUGAAGCAGACAUUAUUAUUUGGGCUUCCAAACCACUAGAGGGCAGCACCUGUUAGUUGUAAUUCCCAGGUGACAUUUGGAAAUGACUGAAUCUCAUGCACUUCAUAUAGUCCUCUCUAGUCUGUACUGUAGUUACUGUAUAUCAUCUUUUACACUCUUGUCUCCCUCUUUGACCUGUCUCCCACAGUCAGACGUGGUCCACCAGAGUGUGUUUGAGUUGAUCCACACUGACGACAGGGCCUUGUUCAGACGUCAGCUCCACUUCGCCCUAAACCCCAACCAGUUUGAUACAGAGCCAGGGAAAACAGAGAGUGAGUAAUACACUAUGUUAGUACACUAGUCUGCUAUGUUAGUACACUAGUCUGCUAUGUUAGUACACUAGUCUGCUAUGUUAGUACACUAGUCUGCUAUGUUAGCACACUAGUCUGCUAUGUUAGUACACUAGUCUGCUAUGUUAGUACACUAGUCUGCUAUGUUAGUACACUAGUCUGCUAUGUUAGCACACUAGUCUGCUAUGUUAGUACACUAGUCUGCUAUGUUAGCACACUAGUCUGCUAUGUUAGCACACUAGUCUGCUAUGUUAGUACACUAGUCUGCUAUGUUAGUACACUAGUCUGCUAUGUUAGUACACUAGUCUGCUAUGUUAGUACACUAGUCUGCUAUGUUAGUACACUAGUCUGCUAUGUUAGCACACUAGUCUGCUAUGUUAGCACACUAGUCUGCUAUGUUAGCACACUAGUCUGCUAUGUUAGUACACUAGUCUGCUAUGUUAGUACACUAGUCUGCUAUGUUAGUACACUAGUCUGCUAUGUUAGCACACUAGUCUGCUAUGUUAGCACACUAGUCUGCUAUGUUAGUACACUAGUCUGCUAUGUUAGUACACUAGUCUGCUAUGUUAGUACACUAGUCUGCUAUGUUAGUACACUAGUCUGCUAUGUUAGUACACUAGUCUGCUAUGUUAGUACACUAGUCUGCUAUGUUAGUACACUAGUCUGCUAUGUUAGUACUCACCCUGGUUUUCGAUUGCCUAUGCCAGGGGUGUCGAACUCAUUCCACGGCGGGCCGAGUGUCUGCGGGUUUUGGGUUUUUCCUUUCAAUGAAGACCUAGACAUCCAGGUGAGGGGAGUUCCUUACUAAUUAGUGACCUCAAUUCAGCAAUCAGGUACAAGGGUGGAGUGAAAACCCACAGACACUCGGCCCUCCGUGGAAUGAGUUUGACACGUGGCCUAAGCCAACAUUUGUGGAAAGAUUUGAUAUUGCUUGAAAAAAGUUAUUCAGCUAACUGUUGUAUAGUUAGCUGAAUAACUGGUAGCCUGGCUGUUAAGAGCAUUGGGCCAGUAACCGCAAGGUCGCUGGUUCGUAUCCCAGAGCCACCUUGGUGGAAAAUCUGCCGAUGUGCCAUUGAGCAAGGCACUUAACCCUAAUUGCUCCUGUAAGUCGCUCUGUAUUAGAGCAUCUAAUAAAUGACUAAAAUAUAAAAGAUAUAUAAAUAUACUUGUAACUGUGUGUACUGUAGGCCUGCAGCCUACCAACAGCAGUGACAUCACAAGCAACAUAGUGAGCUACGACCCGCAGCACAUUCCCCCUGAGAACUCUUCCUUCCUGGAGAGGAGCUUCGUCUGUCGCUUCCGCUGUCUCCUGGACAACUCCUCUGGCUUCCUGGUACAGUAAACUAACAGUCCAAGCUCACACGACAAGAGGCCUAACUUCUACAGAUUAACUUUGUAUUAGUAACUUAGUAGUAGUGGUUAAAAUAUGACUUUUGCCUCCACAGAAUGAGACAAUUUAAGAAAAACAAAAACAGUACAAUAUAUAUAUAUAAGACAUACCUUAAUGUAGUUUUAAUUAUGAUUUCUGUUUAUCCUCAUGUGAUCACACAGAUUGAGAAGUCCUUUCCUCCUUAUUUUGUUGUGUCUUCAACUACAGGCCCUGAACUUCCAUGGGCGUCUGAAGUACCUCCAUGGCCAGAACAAGAUGUCAGACGGUGGAACCAUGGACCACCCCCAGCUGGCCCUGUUCGUGGUGGCUACCCCCAUCCAGACCCCCUCUAUCCUGGAGAUCAGGACCAAGACACUCAUCUUCCAGACCAAACACAAGCUGGACUUCACCCCCAUGAACGUUGAUACAAGGUAACACUCCCAUCCAGUGUUAUUAAAAGUAUGUGGACACCCCUUCAACUUAGUGGAUUCGGCAAUUUCAGCCACACCCGUUGCUGACAGGUGUAUAAAAUCGAGCACACCGCCAUGCAAUCUCCAUAGACAAACAUUGGCAGUAGAAUGGCCUGUACUGAAGGGCUCAGUGACACCGUCAUAGGAUGCCACUUUACCAACAAGUCAGUUCGUCACAUUUCUGCCCUGCUAAAGCUGCCCCGGUCAACAGUAAGUGCUGUUAUUGUGAAGUGGAAACGUCUAGGAGCAACAGCGGCUCAGCCGUGAAGUGGUAGCCCACACAAGCUCACAGAACAGGACCGCCGAGUGCUGAAGCACGUAGCGCGUAAAAAUCAUCUGUCCUCGGCUGCAACACUCACUACCGAGUUCCAAACUGCCUCUGGAAGUAACGUCAGCACAAGAACUGUUCGUCGGGAGCUUCAUGAAAAGGGUUUCCAUGGCCGAGCAGCCGCACACGAGCCUAAGCUCGCCGCCAUUGGACUCUGAAGCAGUGGAAAGGCGUUCUCUGGAGUGAUGGAUCAUGCUUUACCAUCUGGCAGUCCGACGGAUGAAUCUGGGUUUGGCGGAUGCCAGGAGAACGCUACCUGCCCCAAUACAUAGUGCCAACUGUAAAGUUUGGUGGAGGAGGAAUAAUGGUCUGGGGCUGUUUUUCAUGGUUCAGGCUCCUUAGUUCCAGUGAAGGGUAAUCUUAAUGCUACAGCAUACAAUGACAUUCUAGACGAUUCUGUGCUUCCAACUUUGUGACAACAGCUUGGGGAAAGCCCUUUCCUGUUUCAGCAUGACAAUGCCCCCGUGCACAAAGUGAGGUCAAUACAGAAAUGGUUUGCCAAGAUCGAUGUGGAAGAACUUCACUGGCCUGCACAAAGCCCUGACCUCAACCCCAUCGAACACCUUUGGGAUGAAUUGGAACGCCGACUGCGAGCCAGGCCUAAUUACCCAACAUUAGUGCCCGACCUCACUAAUGCUCUUGUGGCUGAAUGGAAGCAAGUCCGCGCAGCAAUGUUUCAACAUCUAGUGGAAAGCCUUCCCAGAAGAGUGGAGGCUGUUAUAGCAGCAAAGGGGGGACCAACUCCAUAUUAAUGCCCAUGAUUUUGGAAUUAGAUGUUCGACGAGCAUGUGUCCACAUACUUUUGGCCAUGUAGUGUAUUUAUAACUUAAAGAUAAUGUUAAUCCUUUGUGUGCGUUAUAGCAUUUAUAUUAAUUUCUAAAUCAUUUAUAAGCAUUUGUAAUGACUUAUUCAUGAACGUUAUUAUGAAUUGUAACCACAAACUUUUUAGUAAGCAGAGAAGAAAACAAUUAUUUCUAAUGUUAUUCCUCCUGUGUGUUAUUGUGUCUCAGAGGGAAGGUGGUUCUGGGCUACACUGAGCUGGAGUUGUGUGUGAGAGGCUCUGGAUACCAGUUCAUUCACGCUGCUGACAUGAUGUACUGUGCCGACAACCAUGUCAGAAGUAAGUAGUUAUCACGUUUCCAAAUCAAUAUUACAACUUUCCUCUUUGAAUGUAUGAAUUAACUAACGAAUGAAUGAAUGGAUUCAUGAAUGAAUAACUGAACUAACGAAUGGAUUAAAGAAUGAAUGAAAUAAACUAACUAAUGAGUUCUCCAUAUUUGCUGUACCCAACCCUACUGUUGACAGUUUCCUUGUGUAUGUUUCCCUUCUUUAGUGAUAAAGACAGGUGAGAGUGGUCUGACAGUGUUCAGGCUCCUGGCCAAGACUGGUGUGUGGGUCUGGGUACAGGCUAAUGCCAGGCUGGUCUACAAGGGAGGGAGGCCUGACUUCAUCAUGGCCAGACAGAGACCGUUAUCGUGAGUAGAGUCAUCAUCUGGACAUCAAAUUCAAGAUUACUCUGCGCUGUACUCUACUGUACUCUAUUUUAUUCCAACACUCCCCUUUUUAUUCCUCAAGAAAUGAGGAGGGUGAGGAGCAGCUUCGCCAGCGGAGACUCCAGCUGCCCUUUAACUUUGCCACUGGGGAGGCUGUUCUCUACGAGGUGGGCCCCUCUCUGGACAUAGCUGACAUUCCAACCCAGAGCAAGGGCCCUAAGGUCAGGAAGAUGGCCGAAGAAAUGGCCCUGGACCCUGACUCCCUGCUGGGCUCCAUGCUGAAGCAGGACCAGGCCGUCUACAUGCAGGUACAGCAAUUUACUCUGUUUUACCGUAUUCCCUAUAUUAUGCAUUACUUUUGACCAGGGCCAAUAGGUCUCUGGUCAAAAGUAGUGUACUAUGUAGGGAAUAGGUUGCCAUUUUGGACACAGACAAUGUAAGGGAUGGGUCUCUAAGGAUGAAUUGACACGAAAAUAAAAAUUCAUUUAUUCAUUUAUUUAUUCAUUCAUUUAUUCAAUCAUUCAUCCAUGCAGACCAGCCCCAGCGAGCCCUCCAGCAAGCUCCCCAACCCUCUGGAGCUGUGCUCCUGGGAAGACCAGGCCUUCAGAGACAGCCACGCUCUGGCCAAUGUGCCUGGUGAUUCCUGGCAGUCCCAGACCCACACAAUGCCCAAGCCGGACGUGAGCGUCCAGGACAUGAUGGAAACACUGCAGCAGAUCAUCGGGGACAACAGCCUGUGUUCCAGGUUUGACUUCUACUAUAAUAUAAAUCAUAUAAAUUAAUAAAAAACAAUAGUAGAUUAUAAAAUCUAACAACACUAUCAUGACUAGCAAAAAUGUUUUGCGUGUCAGAGUGCAGUAUUUAUUUAGUUUCAUAGCACAAACAUUUGUUAGCACGUUUCUCACACUGGCUUUAGCCACGGAGGGAGCAGGCCUGCCCAGGCAAGUGCAGGGGGGUUGCCUAGCAACACGUCCCUGGGGGGAGUCAACAUCUGCAUAGCGCUACAAAUUUGUGAAGUUGUUCAGACCAAACAGCUAACGUGACAGCUAAAAUGGCUUUGAAAAAAUACGAUUUCAGCUAAUAGGAAGACAUAUAUAACAGAAUAACUGCAUUGUAGUGUUCACUAAUCAUAAACUAUUUACACAUAAUGGAAGUAUGGGUACAUUUACAUUUUAGUCAUUUAGCAGACGCUCUUAUCCAGAGCGACUUACAGUUAGUGCAUACAUUUUUUAUUUUAUUUUUUCAUACUGGUCGUCCGUGGGAAACGAACCCACAACCCUGGCGUUGCAAACGCCAUGAUAUACCAACUGAGCUACACGGGACAAAACUUACUCAACCAUUAUUUCUUCAACUAGAUGCAUCAUCAUAUUUUUCUCCCCAAAUGAUAACCUAAAAUAUUUCUAAUUACUAAUGAGUAAAAGUGUAGUAGUCUUAGUGUAAUUAUUUGUGAUUAAAUAUGUGAUCUAACUGCCCCACAGUCCAAAGUAAGGUUGAUCAGACCAGAUAUUUUAAUAUAUUGAACUUUGACUAUAUUUCACCUCUUCACUUAAGUUAAAUGUUUAAACUUCUUGCACUACCACAAAAAUACUUUAAAAGAGCUGAAGCAAGUCACACAAUUUUUUUAAAUGGAAAAUUACCAUAUAUUUUCUAGUAUUUAUUAUAUCUAUUAAAAAAUAUAUAUGUGAAGCGCAUUGUAUUGUAUUGUAUUGCUAUACUGUAGCUUGUAUGAAAUGUGCUAUACAAAUAAAAUUGGAUUUGAUGUAAUUGCAGCCUGGAAGUGGACCUUAACUGAUCUUAUCUUAUCUUGUUGCAGCCUGGACGUGGACCUUAACUGAUCUUAUCUUAUCUUGUUGCAGCCUGGACGUGGACCCCAUAGAGCUGAAGGACUGGGAGAACACUCUGCUGAAGAUGAGCUCCAGCAACUGUGAGAUGUCCGAGGACCUGGAUGACAUCUUCAACCACGACAUCCUGUCAUAUGUGGAGGAACAUCUCUUAAAGGAGAACGGAGGACUCAAGAUGCCCGAGCAGCUGGACUCACUGCUGGGGUCCGUCAGUGUCAACAAUCCAAUCCUGGAGGUACCAGAGUGCCUUACAAAUGUCAACCUGCAGGGGAAUACCAUGAUGCCUGGAGGAAAGGGCUUCAACUGGGGGGUUGAUCCCCAGCAGAACCAGUUGCUCGGGAUGGGAGGCCCGAGUGCGGCUGAAACAGGGAGUAAAAUUCAGGGCAUGUUGAAGCUGACACACAUGGGUCCUCAGAUGGGAUUGAACGGCCCCACACUCCAGCAGGCUUCCUCCAGCAACACCUAUGCCCAAUCCCUUGGAAAGAACCUGGGCCUGCAGAGCAACGCUAACCCUCUGCCCUUUAACCCUGCCCUGGCUGGCUCCUGUGCCCAGGUGCGGCAGAACCAAACCAAGGGUAGGCAGCAAGGCCUCCAGGCCUCUCAGAUCCUGUCCAGCCCUGGUAAAGGGCUGGCGUCUUAUUCCCUGAGACAACAGAUACAGCCAGGCCUUGCCAAUCAGAGCUCUGCCACUCAGCUCAUCCCCACUCCUAUGGGUCUGCCAAUCCAGAGCCAGCUGCAGGGGCGGGGCAUGAAUGAUCAGCUAAUGAGAUUCCAGGACCAGAGCUCCAUAAGCCAAUCAGAUCCCUUUGCAGUGCCCGGUCAGGAAACCAUGUGGAUGCCCUUGCCCUGCUCCAUGCCCAAAUCCAACAUGGUGGAAACCUUUGCCCAGAAUAUUUCAAAUCAACAACAAGACGUCAUUCUAGAUCCCAACCCGGCUAGCUGCCUACAAGGACACUUUUCCCUGCAGACCCAGAACAGUCUGAAUCAGGGACAGUCUUACCAGCAACAGCAGCAGCAGCAAAUGCUGCCCACGAUGUUACCCCAACAAAAUAGACACCAAAACAAUGUAAUGGGCAGCUUUUAUAAUAACCAGGUGUCUGACUUCCAAAUAGCUCCCCAACUCCCCAUCCCUGGGCUCCAGGCCCAGCCACAACAGAACUCUCAGGCCCAGAACUAUAACAGGGCUCAAACAACAUCAGGCCAGUACAGGCCUCAAAAGACCUCUGCUGUCGUCGCCCCUCCUCUCGUCUCUUCCAACAGCUGCAUGUUCAGCAGCACCAACCCCCCCCUGGUUCCUGUCAACGGGAUCCGUUUCACCCCCAACACGGCCCUUGGUUCCCUGGUACCAUCCUCCUGUCAGAGGGCCACGGCCCCCCUCCACGACCAGAGUCCCUCCCAGGCCUCCUGCUACUUCCAGAGGAACACCAGCGGGCCCAUCGUGGGGUCCUCGGCAAUCCCACAGGAUGACACCAACAUCAGCCCUCUGUCCUGUCAGGUGGGGCCUGGUCUAACCCCUGGGGGCCUCACACCAGACAGCCUGCUGGUCCAGCAGCAGUACCUCAACAGCAACGGGCAGACACAGGUAAUACAGGAACCAGUACUUUAAUUUAACCUUUAUUUUAACAGAUUGUCCCAUCGAGGUAAAUAUACCUAUUUUUCAAGGGAUGCUUGUUUCAUUAUUACAACCAGAUUACAACGUUUGUAAUUGCACCAGUAUUUAAGGUUUUACUAGUAGGAUAGUUAUUAUGAGCCACGAGGGGGCCUUUGGGAUGAAUGUACAGUAUCUGUUUCAUAUUUGUCUUUGACGUAUGUUGAAGCAUUUAGAGCCAAUUACUCUGUUUUAUGUACUUGUACACAAAUUUGAAGAUUUUCUUUGUCCAUUGUUGGUGGUUUCUUUGAGAAGGGUAUAAUGAGGAUUUUUAAAGCACUCAAACAAGUUAGUAUGCUGUGGGUUGCAUGCAUUACAUCCUCCCCUUGUCUUUGUGAUCUGUUGUGGCUAACUUCUUCCUAAUUGGUCCAUUAUUUACUAUCCAGGUCACAAACUGUCCAAUGGAGGAAAACAUAUCGUUCCAGUUCCCGUCCCUGCCCAAUGGAACCACAUACUUCUCAGAGAACAAUCAAACCAACUGUUGCGACUUCUAGAAGGUUCUACAUGGUAGGAGGAACCCGCCUUUUCCGCGGCUGAAUGGAAUUUGUUGAGACACUGAUGUGUAGCCCUCGUCGUUAAACAAACAGACACACGGACACAGACAGACUCACACAGCCAGGUGCCUUUGGGGAUUCUACCACCACCAUGCCUUACUUCACCAAGGAGACUAGGAGACUGGCCAAGAUGGCUUCCUUCGUUUCUCUUCUAUGCGUCUCAAAUCCUAUGUUUGGAUACAAGAUACAGAGCGUUUGGACCAGAGGGCCGUGUGGCUCCUUUUUCUUCUGCAACCAGACUGACUGUCACUGGAGCUCCUCCUUGACUUGCUUUCACCUUGGGUGUGCAUGCCCUGGUCAAAAGUAGUGCACU